CAUUAUAUCUGUUGUUUAGGUGGUUGUACCUUCGCCAUUUUUGUCCUACUCGUUUGACCCAUUCUGGUACGGUAGUCUUAUGGCCGACGAAGCUGAGCUUUUGGAUUACGAAGAUGAAGAACAAGAAACAGUUCAAGAGGCAAGACCUAAUGGAGAAGCCACAGCAAAGAAAGGUGUCAAAGGAGCAUACGUCACCAUACACAGUUCAGGGUUUCGUGAUUUCAUCCUCAAGCCGGAAUUAUUAAGAGCCAUCGUUGAUUGUGGCUUCGAACAUCCAUCUGAAGUUCAACAUGAAUGUAUACCUCAAGCCAUUUUAAGCAUGGACGUACUGUGCCAAGCAAAGUCUGGAAUGGGCAAGACUGCAGUGUUCGUCAUAGCUACACUACAACAGCUCGAUCCCGAAGGAGAAGCCAAUACAACUGUCCUAGUCCUCUGUCACACAAGAGAACUUGCCUUCCAAAUAAGUAAAGAAUACGAAAGGUUCUCUAAAUACAUGCCGAAGAUAAAGGUGGGUGUUUUUUUUGGAGGGAUGCCAAUACGUAAGGAUAUUGAAACGCUAACAAAAUCUCCCGUCCACAUCGUUGUGGGAACUCCUGGUCGUAUUCUGGACUUAGUGAGAAGCAAAACGUUGAAACUACAACAUGUCAAACACUUCAUUAUUGAUGAAUGUGAUAAAAUGCUGGAUACGCUCGAUAUGCGGCGUGAUGUUCAAGAAAUAUUCCGCAUGACUCCACAUCAAAAACAAGUCAUGAUGUUCAGCGCAACCAUGAGCAAAGAAAUUCGUCCUGUUUGCAGAAACUUCAUGCAAGACCCGUUGGAAAUAUUUAUCGAAAAUGAUUCAAAGUUGACUUUGCAUGGUCUACGGCAGCAUUAUGUUAAAGUCAAGGAAAACGAGAAAAACAGGAAGCUCUUUGAGCUUCUUGAUGAACUGCAGUUCAACCAGGUUAUAAUAUUCGUCAAGUCCGUUCAACGAUGCAUGGCUUUGGCUCAGUUGCUGGUCGACCAAAACUUCCCUGCGAUUGCAAUGCACCGUAAUAUGGCUCAGGAAGAACGUUUGGAACGCUACCAAGCAUUUAAGAACUUUCAGAAACGUCUACUGGUGGCUACCAAUCUCUUCGGUCGAGGUAUGGACAUUGAACGUGUCAACAUCGUCUUCAACUACGAUAUGCCAGAAGAUUCCGACACCUACCUGCACAGAGUUGCCCGAGCUGGUCGCUUUGGAACUAAAGGGUUAGCCAUAACCUUCAUAUCAGAUGAAGUCGACGCAAAGGUCCUCAAUGAAGUACAAAACCGUUUUGAAGUCAAUAUCAGCGAGCUUCCUGACGUCAUGGAAAUAUCCAGCUACAUGGAAGACCGAUAAUUUGUAUUUACCUGUACAUUGUUUCUUCUGUCUAUAUUUCAAAUGCAAUUAUUCAUCAGCCUAUGUUCUUCCGUCAGGAGCUAUCUGCUUAAAUCAUAAGCUAAUUUUGGUUCGAAGUUCCAGACAAGGUAGAUUGUAAAUUCGGUCGGAGCUAUGCACAGUCGAACAGUGUUAGCUUAUUACGUUAUAGGUAAACUGAGGUACUCGACUACAUAGUUCCAUGUGUUCAUUGAGUAUUUAAAUGGAUUGUUACUUUGAAUCAAAGUCAAUGAGCUCUCGUACACCCAUCUAGUUGGCCUUGAUUCUCUAGUCACUUCAAGGAUGUUGCCAUCCGGCUCUGCUACACUUGGUGCAGGUCAUCGACGGUAUCCUCGGAAUCUGUCGAACAUAAGUCGCUCUUAAGGGGUCUUUCGAGGCUAGGCGCACUUACAUGAGUUCGAUUUCAAGGGAUGCUAUUCGCC